AUGGCGCCGGCGGGCGGGGGAGGGCGCCCGGGCGGCGGGCCGGCCCGAGGGCGCCUCCUCCUGGCGGCGCUGGUGCUGCCGGCGCUGCUGUGGGCGCGGGGGGUCCGCGGCCAGGGAGACCCCCAGCAGAGCACGAUCCUCGGCAUGCGCCUGGCGACCUGCGACAAACCGUGCGGGAUGAACCCGGAUGGCAUCAUCUUUGUGUCCGAGGACAGCACGGUGAACCUGCGGCUGUACGGCCACGGGCUGGGCUCCAUCACCAGCAACCUGAUCUCCUUCACGGAGGUGGACAACUCCGAGGCCUUCCACAACUCCACCCACUGCCCCGAGCUCACCAAGGACCUGGUCGUCCAGCAGCUGGUCAACGUGAGCCGCGGGAACACGUCCGGGAUGCUGGUGGUGUUCACCAAGUUCCUCCGGAGGAGCGAGAACAUGAAGCUGUACGCGCUGUGCACCCGGGCCGGCGUGGACGGGCCCUGGCAGCGCUGGACGGACAAGGACUCGCUGCUCUUCAUGGUGGAGGAGGUGGGGCGGUUCCUGCCCCUCUGGCUGCACAUUCUUAUCAUUUUGGUGCUGUUAGUGCUGUCGGGCAUCUUCUCCGGCCUCAACCUGGGGCUGAUGGCCCUGGACCCCAUGGAGCUGCGCAUCGUCCAGAACUGUGGCACCGAGAAGGAGAGGCGCUACGCUCGCAAGAUCGAGCCCAUCCGUCGCAAAGGCAACUACCUGCUCUGCUCGCUGCUCCUGGGAAACGUGCUGGUCAACACCUCUCUCACUAUCCUCCUGGACAACCUCAUCGGGUCCGGGCUCAUGGCUGUGGCCUCCUCCACCAUCGGCAUCGUCAUCUUUGGAGAGAUUUUACCUCAGGCCCUGUGCUCCCGACACGGACUGGCCGUGGGCGCCAACACGAUCGUUCUUACCAAAUUCUUUAUGCUCCUCACUUUCCCCCUCAGCUUCCCCAUCAGCAAGCUCCUAGACUUUUUCCUGGGCCAGGAGAUUCACACCGUUUACAAUCGCGAGAAGCUGAUGGAGAUGUUGAAGGUGACAGAGCCCUACAAUGACCUGGUGAAAGAGGAGCUAAACAUGAUCCAGGGGGCCCUGGAACUGCGGACCAAAACCGUGGAGGACAUCAUGACCCAGCUGCAUGACUGCUUCAUGAUCCGCAACGAUGCCAUCCUGGACUUCAACACGAUGUCCGAGAUCAUGGAGAGUGGCUACACCCGCAUCCCCGUGUUUGAGGAUGAGCAGUCCAAUAUUGUAGAUAUUCUCUACGUCAAAGACUUGGCCUUCGUGGACCCCGAUGACUGCACCCCCCUCAAGACCAUCACCCGCUUCUACAACCACCCCGUGCACUUUGUCUUCCACGACACCAAGCUGGAUGCCAUGCUGGAGGAGUUCAAGAAAGGGAAGUCCCACCUGGCCAUCGUGCAGAAGGUGAACAACGAGGGGGAAGGUGACCCCUUCUACGAGGUCCUGGGCCUGGUCACCCUGGAGGACGUCAUUGAGGAGAUCAUCAAGUCCGAGAUCCUGGACGAGUCCGAUAUGUACACUGACAACCGAAGCCGGAAACGGGUAACUGAGAAGAACAAACGGGACUUCUCAGCCUUCAAGGAUACUGACAAUGAACUCAAGGUGAAAAUUUCACCUCAGCUUCUCCUGGCUGCUCACCGCUUUCUGUCCACGGAAGUCCCCCAGUUCAGCCCUGCUCUGAUAUCGGAGAAGAUCCUGCUUCGGCUGCUCAAGUACCCAGACGUCAUUCAGGAACUCAAGUUUGACGAUCACAACAAAUACUUUGUGCGCCACUAUCUGUACACCCGGAACAAGCCGGCCGACUACUUCAUCCUCAUCCUGCAGGGGAAGGUGGAGGUGGAGGCUGGGAAGGAGAACAUGAAGUUUGAGACGGGUGCCUUCUCCUACUACGGGACCAUGGCGCUGACCUCGCUACCCUCCGACCGCUCCCCAUCGCACCCCUCCUGCCUGAGCCGCUCGGCCUCCCUCAGCUGCCCGGACCGCACAGACCUCACGAGCCCAGGCCCCUUGACAGGCAGCAGCAACCAGCUGGGCAGCUCUGUCCUGGGCCAGUACAUCUCUGACUUCAGUGUCCGGGCGCUCAUGGACCUGCAGUAUAUUAAGAUCACGCGACAACAGUACCAGAACGGGCUGCUGGCCUCACGGAUGGAGACCUGCCCUCAGUUUCCCCUGGAUGGGUGCACCAUCUGCACGGAGAACCUGGCGGAGAAGCCCGAGCUGCCUGUGGUGGACGAGACCACAACGCUGCUCAACGAGCGCAACGCCACGCUGCACAGAGCGUCCCCCGAGAGCCCCAUCUGA